AUCGGCUAGUCUCAAAGAUUCACAGUGUUAUAAAUGCAGGUUUUUGACCGUCACACUCUAGUUUACAUGUGAUUGUAUUAUCAUAGACACAAGGAGAGAAAAGACGCUAAACAAGAUUUAUAGUGGUGAUGCUACACAAUAUUAGCUAACUGAGCUAGCUCUCGCCGAAACUGACCCGUCCUUUUCGUAGCAUUAGCCACCUAGCGUUCUGGUAUAUAGUGCUAGCUUGGGUGAGCACCUUUUCAAUAUAGCUGCGUACAUUUAAUUGCCCGUUAAAACAAAAUGAGUUAACUAGCCAGCUAGCUGUUACUCACCUCGACUUCUAUAGCGGAUGUUUAGACUGGAGAUCUACGUCGACAUUCGAUUGCUCUGGCCUGAGAGCGCAGACAAACAGGAAGUUGUUGCCUUAUCGUCGAUUCAUCAAGACUGCAACUGUAUUUUUCUCUCAAUAUACAAUGUAAAACGCAAAAACUUGAGCAACAAGACAACUUUAUUUGGACGCACAGAAGAACCACUAAGCGAAAAUAAGGAACAGAGGACAACGAGUGAAAGACCUUGGAGUAGCUUACUAGAGAGCACCGAACGAAUUUCAGCUGUUCAACAACUUCAUCGUUUCUGAUACCGCGUGAGCAGGACAAUAUGAAUCGUGAAAGAGAAACGUUGAUGGAUGAAAUCGAAGAGAGUUUAUGGACUUUAACAGAGGACAAUUUACGCUCCCUUUGUGAACGCAGUGGAAUAGGUGGCAAGGAUGGAUCCGAAAUGAAAGGAAAGAAUCAAAGAGCACUACGGCGUAAAAUCAUGGAGGAAACAUGGGAAAAUGAGGAUUUAAUGAAAUCUGAGGAUCGGGGAAUGUCAUGGUUACUCCAACUGAAAGAGGACAUCAAAAGGAUACAGGAUGCCGGGGUUGUAGCCUCCAGACAAUCAGCGUCAGCGCAUGUGGACGACGGGGCACAAGGAAGCUGCGAUGCAGAACGUAAAGAGGAUGGAGGGAAUCUUUAUAGUUACCAGAACAACCCUCGCCUGUCCCCCUUCCCAGAGUCCCCGGGUAGUGCUUCACUUGGACUCGAAAGCAGGAAAACACCGGGGCUGAGUGGAACGGUGAAAGGAGGAGAAGAGGAGGAGGAGGAAGAAGAAGAUUUGAUUGAGGCAGCAGAGAAGAAUGUUAAAAAACGCCAGCCGAAACGCACAGUGAAGAAACCCCACUGCUGCUCAGACUGUGGCAAAAGCUUCAGUCACAAAAGUCAUUUGACUGUCCAUCAGCACACGCACACCGGAGAGAAGCCUUACCACUGUACGCAGUGCGAGAACAGUUUCUACUGCUCGUCUUAUCUGAUAUCACACAUGCGAACGCACACCGGUGAAAAGCCCUACCGCUGUUCCGACUGUGGGAAGAGGUUUGGCCAAUCGAACGCCCUGAAGCUACACCGCAUGCGAAGGCACACCGGCGAGCUGCCAUUCUCUUGUUUGGAGUGUCCGAAACGUUUCGUCACGUCGGCACACUUGAAAUCCCACCAGAGAGUCCACACGGGAGAGAAGCCCUACCACUGCUCAGACUGCGGGAAGAAUUUCUCCCACUCGAGCGCCCUGAGACUCCACCAGAAAACCCACAGCGGAGAGAAACCUUUCAUCUGCGAAUGUGGAAAGAGCUUCAUUAACUGGGCCCACUUAAACUCCCAUCAAAGAUCCCACACUGGUGAGAAGCCUUACUGUUGCGAGCAGUGUGGCAAGUGUUUCUCUGAAUCUGGCACCCUGUCAAAUCAUCAGAGAACCCAUACUGGGGAGAAGCCUUACAGCUGUGAUCAGUGUGGGGAGAGGUUCGCUCAGUCGGGAUCUCUGACGAUCCACCAGAGGACACACACAGGAGAGAAGCCCUACGCCUGCGAUCAGUGUGAGAAGAGGUUCAUUACCUCUAGCCACCUGAGACGCCACCAGAGGACUCACACUGGAGAGAAGCCUCACCUCUGUGAUGAAUGUGGCAAGAGCUUCACGCGGGCCGGAGCCCUGGCGAGCCACCGCAAAACACACACCGGAGAGAAACCCUACAGCUGUGAUCUGUGCGGGAAGAGUUUUGUUCAGUCUGGACAGCUGACGAGCCACCAGCGCACACACACAGGAGCCAAACCGUAUGGCUGCGAUCAGUGUAGCGAAAGAUUCACUCAAUCAGCCACCCUGGCCAAUCAUCAACGAACACACACGGGAGAGAAGCCCUACGGAUGUAAUCUAUGCGAGAAGAGCUUCGCUCAAUCAGGGCACCUAAAAAGUCACCAGAAAGCCCACGCCAGAGGAGGAAUGUGUCCUCUUCCAACCCUCUCCUCUCCGGCGUCUGUUCCGGUACCUUCUGUAAGUUCUAAAUGGUCCAAAACUCAGCUGCCGGACUCCUCAGCCACACCAAGUUCUGAAACCACAUCACCAGUGUUCUAUGUGAACACUGGCUACCCACUACACACAGCACCUUCUACUACUAAACCCCCUUAUUGACCUGUUUUCUGCACCAGUGGUUGUCAAACCUCUCCUCAGGGACGUUUCGUGUAUUUGAUCUAUUCCAGAACUAGCACAUCUGAUUCAACUAGUCAACUAAUCAUCAAGCCUUUGACUAGGUGAAUCAGGUGAGCUAGUUCAGGAAUACAACAAAGUUGUGAAACGUCUGGGAGUGUCCAAGGAGAGGUUUGAAAAACACUGCUCAACACUGUGGACACUAUGGGGCAGUUUCCCGGACACAGAUUAUAAUUUAAAAAAUAAUUUAAUAGAGAUUCUCCAUUGAGCUUGUUUUUUUAGUUUAGGGCUAGUGUAGUGGGGUAAUAUUUAUCAUAUAUGCAUAUAUUAUAUAUACCUCACAUGCGACUCGUAAUAAGACCACAACAACAACAAAACAUUAAAUUAGUUAUCUGACUCCAUAAGAUAAAUGGCAAUAUGCAAGAGACUAUAGUUAGUGUUACAAGACAUUCUUCUAGGCAUGGUCAGAGAGAGAAAGAGGGAGACAAAGAAACCAUGGCCCAUAGCUCAUGGGAGAGAGAAAGAAAUUGAGAGAGUAUCUCACCACAGCAGUUCAGGAACCAAAAAAGAGAGAGGCAAUGAAUGUAAGACCUUUUAUAAUGUCAGAGUUGUUUGAAUUCAAAAUCUGAGUUGUUCACCAUUAAAGGAAACUUAUUCACUUCCUCAAUGCUCUUUAUUAAAGAGUGUUUCUUUUAGCUUUUUGUAAAGCUAACCUCCAAUCGGAUAUCAUAUCUACAGACCUGUAAAGACAACAGAACCUCUGCUUGUCAGAGGUCUGACAAUGGGGUUGGAGAAUAACACAGAAGGUAACACAGAGGACAUUCUGGCUUACAGUUGAUAAGAAGGGUCUCUUCUGGGGCUGGCCUGCCCUGAACUAGUAUUAAGCGUUGUCUCGGAAACCGGCUGUAUGGGCUCAUCAACAUCAUACUGACCUGUUUCAAUGUCAUAGACCAUGUCAUAGUGAACUGUGUGUGUGGAGUGGGGGUUAUUUGGGUGAGUGAGUGGGGAGGGAGGGGGUUGUAUCUUUCAUGUACUCCCAUUAUCAAUUAAUUUGUUAUAAUGUAGAAUGUUUUAACAAUAGUAGGUAUGUAUUCAAUUGAUCAAUAAAUUCAACCCAUUAUCUUCUCAACAAUGUCAGCUUAUCACCUUAAUUGUUUAGUAUACUUAAAAAAUAUAUCUGUUUUAAUAUAAGUGCAUUGAGUGUGGGAAAUGUGCUCUACAAAAUAUAAUUAUUAUUAAAAAAUUAUGAAUCGACUCGUAAAACUGGAAUAAAGGAUACAUCUCAUAAUUACAUACAAGGUCAAGCACUUUUCAUGCUUUAUCUUCACCCGAUAAAAACGUCAGGACUCUGAGACGUUCGUGUUCCAAGUGGGUGUCAGGUAAAAGUAGACGAUGGCAGACAACAGGAUUCUUAGUGAAAGGGCUGUUGUUGAAUGUGUUCUUGACUUAUAGAUCCGGUAAAAUCUUAUCCAGGAUCUUUCUGAAGUAAGAUUAGCCUUUAUGAGACACUUAUUUGUCACAACUUUAAUCAAGUUUUUAUAUCUAAAUCAACGUUUGAUUGCUCUGCUAUUUGAGCGCAUCAGACUUGAGAUCAUGGAAUUAUUUCCCAGAAACCCCCUAAUCUUUAUCUAAAGGCUGUGACUAACAAAGUAAAUGUAGCCUACUUACUUCUUUGUCAUGUGAAUAAACUCUGAAGAAACAAUAUCUUCCACAAUGGAUCAGGUGAGUUUGUAUGCUUUUCAACAGCAUAGGCAUGCUGUUCUGUAUAAAAUAUUGUUUCAAAUAUGUUUAUUUGUAGAGCAGAGGAAAAAUGGAUACAAAUGUACAUUUUGUUGUGAGCAAUUAUUUGUACAUAAAUUACAUGAACAUACAAAACAUCAGUAUAAUACAGCUGGAGAUCAAAGUUAACACAUUUAAACAAAAUGGAUACAUCAAAAACGGAAUGAAGAGAAAAGGAAAAACUGAGACAAGACAAAGUCACUGAAAAGAAACCUCUUGCACCUUGUUCUGUGGACAAUAAAAGGCCACUCUACAAUGUGCAGUUUUCACACGCAACACAAUGCCACAGAUGUCUCAUGUUGAGGGAACGUGCAAUUGGCAUGCUGACUGCAGGAAUGUCCACCAGAGCUGUUACCAGAUAAUUUAAUGUUAAUUUCUCUACCAUAAGCCAUGGUAGAGAUUGUUUUAUCUUUUUGUUCAGUAUUCAAUAACAUUUUCGGUAACAGUUACAGAAAUAUUUUUUUCUUGUUAACUGUGAUGCUGUUUAUCUACAUUAGUUGAAUGCGCUGACUAUGUCACUCUGGAUAAGAGCUCCUGCUGAAUGACCAAACUGUAAAAGUAAAAACAAACAUGUUCAAAGCGUGCUGGGUAUUAUUCUAAUGUACUCCGCCCCCCCCAAAAAUCUAAACAUUUGUUCGGUCUGGACCAGACCAAAUCUGAACGAAUUAUAGACGUCUUGGCUAUGUUUCACAAGUUUCAACAGCACAGUUCAGGACGGUAGAGUUUGAGCCAGUAGAGUACAGUACGGUACAGUAGAGUUUAAUUCAUUUGUGUACAUUAGAGUAAAGUAGUGUACAAUACAGUACAUUAUACUGGACUAUUCUACUCUACUGUACUGAACUAUACUUUACUUUCAUGUACUGUGCUGCUCUCUACUGGACUGUGCAGUACUGUGCUGUCCAAACUUGUGAAACAUAGACGUCUAUGUUUGGGUCAAAUCAAGGCCGGACCGCACCAAAAACACAUGGCCGGAAGACAUUGACGUCGGUCCGUGCUUAGUGGAAUAAUCUAUCCAGCCUUGUCUAGCGUAUUUUGUUUUGUUGACAUUUGGAAAGUCUACUGACAAAUGUUCUGUUUCCAUCAGGGUUGUUAUUACAUGCAUUUUAUUCGCAUAAGGUUAGAUAGGAACCUGGUUACUGACUUGCAGUGGCAACCCAUCAUUCAGGGCGGAGCCCCACAUUUUUAGCAACAUUUAAUUAUAUUUUGGGGGCUUGCCUAUUUUGCAUGUUGUUUUUCCAUUAAUAUGUGUUACAUAUCUGUUUGCAAACAAUGUUAAAAAUAUAUAUAUAUAAUUGAGUUAAUAAAACCUCAUAC